AUGGGAGAUGGACAGACGGCCAAAUAUCAGUCCCCAUUUGGCAGUCCUCACAACAGUUUCUUCCUCAUCCCAGUCACCUCCGAUCGGAGUCAACUCGUUCGUUUCUGCCUUUGCAAACUCAUUAAUUCCAGGGAUUUGGGUGGAAAGAUGAGCGAGGUUUAUCAAGGAUAUGAAAGGCAGUACUGUGAGCUGUCUGCAAAUUUGUCAAGAAAAUGCAACUCUGCCGCUUCUCUUCUCGAUGGAGAGAAAAAGAAACAAGAGAUUUCUGAACUUCAAGUAGCUUUGGAUGAUGCUGAUGUUUUGAUUCGGAAAAUGGAUCUUGAGGCAAGAAGUUUGCAGCCAAGCUUGAAAGCUACACUACUUGCUAAGCUCAGGGAAUAUAAAUCCGAUCUGAAUAAGUUGAAAAGGGAAGUUAAAAGACUAGCUUCGCCUAAUUCGAACAUUCCUGGCCAUGAAGAGUUGUUAGAAUCUGGAACGGCGGGUGCAAAUUUGGCUUCUGCAAAUCAGAGAGAGAGACUGACAAUGUCAACUGAGAGGCUCGAUCAAUCGACUGACCGAAUCAAGGAGAGUCGAAGAGCUGCACUUGAGACAGAAGAGCUUGGAGUGUCAAUUCUUGAAGAUCUGCAACAGCAACGUGAAACUCUCUUACAUUCCCAUAAGAAGCUUUAUGAUGUUGAUGAUGCCAUUGACAAAAGUAAAAAGAUCUUGACUUCAAUGUCCAGAAGAAUUAGCCGGAAUAAGUGGAUCGUUGUCUCGAUAAUUGCUGCCCUCAUCCUGGCCAUCGUCAUUGUCCUUGGUGAACCUUCGACACUUCAGUUGCCUGGAAAACAAACUCGAAGCUUUUGUUAUGUAGCUGACAUGAUUGAUGGUCUUAUUCGACCAACGGAAGGACGGCCAAUCAACCUUGGGAAUCCAGCCGUAGAUGAUACUCGAGUCCAGAUAAUCCUGGCCAGAGAACCCAUUAUAAUGAAGGCAAAGGAAUUUCUAGGCUUGGGAACUGAAGAUCAAGUUGUGCGAUGGCAUUCCCCUCAUGGUGGAGGUUUUUGCAAGAGGCUUGGAGCUACGACAAAAUGA